GCCAUCAAAGAAAAGACUGUUUCUGCUAAGCCUGGGACUCCAUAUUUGCGUCCUGUCGGAAAAAUGAAAAAACUUCACUCUAAUGUCAAUGUUUGUUAUCUAUAUCAGCCUGGUGAUCUCGAAAGGGGGCGGCAGCGGGCCACUGAUCCCAUCUGGUCUUUGAAAGUCUACAAUGUCCUGCUUCCCCUUGUGAAGGCCCAACGAGCCAAUUGUGUAUCUGCAAGACGGCCCGAAACGGGGGUUUGUGCGUGAAGAGCUUCUUACUAUUCUGCUUAACACUACUCUUCCUCCUUCCUCCUCCAAGUGA